AAUUAUAUUGUAUUAGGCCGCACGGUGGCCAAGUGGUUAGCAUGUUGGCCACACAGUCAGGAGAUCUGGAAGAUCUGGGUUCAAAUAUCUGUUGGACAUCACUGUGUAGAGUUUGCAUGUUGUCACCGUGCGUGUGUGAGUUUUCUCCAGCAGUACUUCCUCCCACAUUCCAAAAAUAUGUGUUAAGUUCAUUGUUAGGUUAAUUGCUGACUCUAAAUUGUCCAUAGGUGUGAAUGGUUGUUUGUUUAUAUGUGCCCCGCCUCCUGCCCAAAGCCAUCCCCACAGCCCAAAUGAGGAUUAAGUGGCAUCGAAAAUUAAUGAUUAUAUUAUAUUAUGUUAUGUUGUAUUAUGUUAUAUUAUAUUAUAUUAUAUUAUAUUACAUUACAUUACAUUACCUUUCAUUUUCAUACGUACUUUGGACUAAAAAUUAAAAAAUUACAUAAUAAAAAAACUACAAAAAUAAUAAAGGAAUAGUCUUCAAGUAUUCAUCUUCAUUAAAGAAUAAUAUUUUUGACAGCAAUUUAGUCAAUAAUAAACCUUAAAUGUGAUGAGAUGACAGUAGCUGAUGUCACGUUCCUUAGGCUGAAUUAGCUGCGCCUCAAAUGGUUGCAGCCGAGUAGUGCACUCCAUUUUGCGUCCAUUGCUUGAAAAUGUGAUCAGUUAACAAUCAUUUCCACACACAAACACUGCAAACUACAACUAAUUACAACAAUGAGCAUACUUUUAAACUUACAUAUUAAGUCAUGGUUAAUGGCUUCUUUUAUUUCAAACAUGCUUAACAAAGUUCCAUUGAAGUACAUCACAUGUUUGCACAAUUCAGCAUGUCCGAAAAGCAGUAGGAAGAAACAGAAUUUAUUUAAUCCUACCCCUUUUCCACGUCUCAGCAAUUACUGAUAAAUACAUUGUAGUGUCCAAACUAUUUGAGUAGAUUCAACAAGUUUACUUAUUAUUAUGGCCAAGUCUUUAUAUUAUCAAAUUAUAUUAGCGGUUUAAAAAAUGAAAAGUGGCAUAUGCUAGUGCAUUAGUUGUAUUAUCUUCAAAAACGUAAGACAAAGGACAGUAAAGCUACUCUGACUGGACUCACUGUAUUUAGACAUUUACAAUGUGUUUUCUCUUAUGCAUUCAGAAUGUAUAUUUACUAUUCCACAAGUGAUGCUGGCGAGUAUUUUGUGUACACCUGUUUUGACAAGAGGCCAUAAAUCACCCUCAUUCACUGCCAUUACUCCAAAGAAAGAACCUGUAAUGAGUAAUGCCAGCCAAUAAAAUGGCACAUCUAAUGGUGAUUUACGAGGCUGUCUCUUUCUAUAAGCUCAACACGCAUAUUUAGCUGGUCCGGCAUAGCAUGGGGCAUAAAAUUAAAUUAAUGCCAUGGCCACUGUUUAAUGUCUCCCUUAUUUCAACCUCAUUUUGUCAUCAUCACAACCUUAUUGGCGUUUUUGGCAUUUUCAGAUAAUAGCCUUUGUCCACUGUCACUCAUACUGAAAAGUUUGCCAUAGCUCCCGCAUAGUUUGUGCAGGGUCAAAAAACGUAAUGGUUGCAGAGCCAUUUUGAUAUUUUUAAUAUUGUAAAAAGUCAAAAUAGCAAUCCAACGUAGAGCUUAUGUAUGGUUAUAGAAAAAACAGCCCACAUGUCACCUUUGUGUUAUCGGCAACAAAGCAUGUUAUUAUUAGUGUUGUUCGUACCAACAUUUCAACUUCUUUUUCUCGCUAAUAAUGCCUUUUUGCUUUUAUUUCCAUAGUUUAAAAAAAAAAAAUGCCGCAAGCCAAAAAAAAAAUUGCUGUCUGUCGCAAAUGGCCCCUGUGCCACGCUUUCGACCCCAUUUAACCCUAAUUUUGACCCUUUUUUUGACUCGUGAAAUUAAAGUCACACUUAAAUGGAACAGUAAAUAUAAAUAUAUUAUUGUUAUUAGUAAACAGUAAAUAGUUUUUUUCAAUCACAUGUGCAAAAUAGCUGCAAACUGUUAUUUUUACUGGGUGCUUAUAUUUAUGAGACAAAUUAGUUACAACAUAUCAGUGAUUCUAAUCAAAAGAGACACCAUUAGUCAAAGAUGAAUUUUAUCCAUUCAGACAGAAAAAAUACUCGAGGAAACGUUACUGUAAAUCCCGUCAACAGUAAGGAAGCAAAUUAGCCAUAAGACUCAUAAAUCCAUACAAAUGUUUGGUCUCAUAAGAUAUCCAACACAAUUAUUUCUGCAAGCUCCCCCCUGCCCCGUUUCUAUUUCUUGGUCGAGACAGCAAAAUGGGGACAACCCAAGUCAAUUAAGGUGACGAUUAACAUAAUUCGGCCUGCAUUGCGAUUAAACCACGCUAAUAAUACCCAUUCCCUUCUCGCAGCUGAACUAACAUUGCCUUUAUUUAGCUGCAUGGAACAGUUAGCGUGAAAGAAAUGUGGUUUAAUGGGGUUGUUCUCAGUGGGGGCCUCCCCUUUUAAAUAGGGAAUGGAACAAACCACCAUUUCCAUGUCCUUACACCCCUUGCUAAUCUGCAUGGACGCAAUGGCGUUCCGUCUCCUUCAACUGGGAAUUGUUCACUACUCUGGAUUUGACAUGCCCAUUGAAUCACGUCCCAUCAUGUACAGUCAAAAGCAAACCCUUGGACUUAAUUUAAUGCAAAUCAGUAUCAAAUCCUAAAGGUUAUGUGGGGCAGCUGCCUGCUUCAAACGGGUGGGUUGGGAGCAGUUUUGUUUUUGUCAGCGGUGACGAUGAUGAAAUCAUUUGGUCGACAAAGCUUUUUUCCAUAACAAAAAUGAGACGGGGAAAAGCUAAACAUGGCUCUUUGAUGACUAAAACGUGACAAGUCGUGUGUGAGUUUUUGUUGACGAGACUGGACCUAAAUGUUAGCGGGUGGUCUAUCAGACGUUUAAAAUGCAUGACAUGUCUGCUUAUUGUGUGUCUUUCAGUCAAAACCUAAAACGUAGCAAUGCAUCCUAGCUUAGCAGGUAAUGCACUUCCUGCUCAACAUGCCGGUGGCCGGUGACUCGUGAUGUGUCGGUCGCGAAUGAAUCGGCUCUAAGACCUAGCUCUUUGAAAUUAACGACAGGAGCCAGCUUGCGUCGUUGGGAGCCAAUUGAGAGCCGAUUAGUUUUUUCCCCAUCUUUUUUUCUGUUAAAGUGCGAUGUCAUAAGAGCGGGGUUAAACACACACAGCACACGCAGGAGUCUUUGAAUGCCAAUCUUCAGUAAAGACACAACUGUUACCAGUAUGCUGCUUUUUCUUUUUGUUUUGCACUUUUUAAUUGUUAUAAUUAUGUUUUGUUGUGUGGUGUUUUGUUGAUGUUGUGUUGUUUGAUUGUGUAUAGUUAGACAUUUUCACGCAGAGAUUUUGCAGAGACCUUGUCUAUUGAGAUGGGUCUUGUAUUUUAUCAUGUUAGAUUUUUUUUAGCUGUUCAUUGAGGAUUUAAAUAAAUCCAUUUAAAUAAUAAACAUUUCAUAGGAUUUAUUUUUCACAUUAGUAACGCUUUUGUUACACAAUACACAUAAUUUGGUAAUAAAUUAAUUUAAGACAACAAAAUUAAUCUGAGGAGCCACUUGGAAGCCUAAAGACCCGGCUCUUUUUAGUGAACGGAGCCUAAAGAACCAGCUCUCUAAAAAGAGCUGAAAUUGUGUGGUUGUGUGUGUGCGACUUGGGCUGGAUAUAUUUUCACCACGUUGUGUUUUACGGCUUUAAUGUAAGGAGCGUUUUAAAAUGCCAGAUGAUGACGUGCAGGUUCUGAGUGAAAAAAGACAAGAAGCACGUUUAUUGUCGGACCCAGCUCGUCUUACAGACAUUCUCAACACACUGAGAACACACUUCCGGCCUUGAAAAUAAGGGCGCCGUUUGCCCCAUGUCGUCUAACUGUGUAAACAAAAUAAGAGUAUCAUAAAAAAUAUUUUACACAUGCAGUUGGGAUUGCAUCAGUCACUACAUCUUCCUUGAUCACAAGCACGGGCAUUACAGUUUGUUGAAUAUUUUGUAGCAAUGUGUGCAGAGGCUGACAUCCCAUUAGAAAAGUUAGCCAGUCUACAAUCAUUUCUGAAUAACUGGGCAAAAUUGUCCAUUGGUGUAUUGUAUCAAUAUAUAUAUAAGGAUUAUUUCAUUUAAUUAACAGGCAUUUUAUUCACUAACCCAUAAAGCACACACGCUGUGCUGGUAAAAAUAAGUGUAAAAUGUAAAAAAAAUAAAAACGGGAAAAACAGAAUUUGGGAAAAAAUUAAACAGAUUUCAUAGUGCCCUACGCAUGGUCCAGCGGUGGCAGAGAAAGGCAGAGCAAAGACAACAAAAGACAGAAAAUGAGCAUGGCUGAAAGCGGAGGAGAAGCAGAGACUAUAGACGAAGAAAUUGUUGCUAAACAGGAGGUACCUCUGUAAUAUGGAAGUGGUUUGGUUUUGAUAGAGUAGAAGUGGAGCAAGAGACCAUAACAUGCAAAGUUUGCAAAGCAACGGUGACGACAAAAGGUGGGAACAUGACAAUUUUUUACUACCAUCUCAAAUGCAACACAAAGUUGAGUACGAAGAGUGUGUCAUGAAGCUUGAGACAUAGUCAGCCAGCACGUCUACACUUACCCACUCAAAAAUACCACUUAAUUGGUAGGCACUAAAUGCACUUGCUGUAUUGCAGUUUGUUACCAGUAAAUCAAUAAAUGUGCUUUACAAUUUGAGACAAGUGUAUUUAAUUAUAUAGGUUAAGGUUUGUAGCUUUUUAUACAAGACUCUGCUGAAUUUACUUAUAUCGUCAUAUUGUGAUACAUCCCAAAAAUAUUGUGAUACAUGCUAUGGUCCAUAUCGUCCAACCCUAAAAAAAGAUAAUGUUGUGCAUGACUGAGUCUGAAGUUGUGAUUUAACCCCACAUCGUGAACAGGAGUGCGGAUAUAAUCAAUGCUAAUGACUCAGGACCUCCUUAUCUGCUGUAUGGACCACAACAAAGGUCACAUCUGUUGUGAGGCUGCCUCAUGAUGAAAAAGUGUAAUUUUCCCUUUUAAAUAGGUUCCCUCCAUUUGCCAUCAUCACUGUAUGGAGGCAACAACCCUGUAGCAUUGAAACAGUAAAAGACUAAUAAAUUAUAGCUAUUGUUUUCAUAUCAUUCCAGGAAGGAAAGAUGUUAUAGUUGAGUGUCCUCAGGGGAGCAUGCAGGUGGGAACCCUAAAUAGAAAGAAGGAAGAAGGAGGGGUUAUAUGAAGGAUGUUCUUGGUGUGAAUAAUCAGUGUCUUUCUCGCUUCCCCCUUUCUCGCUCACUCUAGCGCUCUUUCGCUCUCUUACAUGCUCACGCACACAGAAGAAUACACAUUUGCUCUUCAGACACACUCAGCAUCCACUUCCCUUGCGCUCCGCCAUCUCAGUAAAAAGGGCAUCAGGACCAGCAGAGCAUGACACUUUUAAUUGCGGCACAUACGUCCCGUUCUUUGCUUGCGCCACUUUGAAUCACAGCCACAAUGUGUCACUGACAAGAGGACUGCCAUUUCACCUCCGACAGUCCAAAGAGGAGCUUCACUAGAGGAGGUGCGCUGUCGGGAUUUGUCUAAACUUCCCUGAUGGGAGGAACACCGACAAGAGAAACCCAGAGCUGAACACCGAAGAGAGUGACAAGCGGAGUAAUUCCAAAACACGUGGAGAUGCUGUUAGGUGCUCUAUCCCAGAACCAGGUCCACCCUCUCCUGAGUUCUUUGCCUCUGUCAGGCCGAGCAAGCCUUCAGCCGCAGAACCACCUGGAGCACUUCCUGCCACUCAAUAUCAGCAGCUCCUCGCCCUUCAGCCUUUUUUCUCAUUUCAACACGAUGGAUCCGGUGCAAAAGGCGGUGAUCAACCACACCUUUGGCGUGGCUCCGCCCAGGAGAAGAACAGUUAUCUCCUGUAAUAUUUGUCACCUGCGCUUUAACUCUACUAGCCAGGCCGAUGCCCACUACAAGGGUCACAGACACGCUCGCAAGCUGAAGGCCUUGGAGAACCAGAGGAACCGACAGCGGAACGGGCAAAGUGUACCCACAGUGGAGAAGGAUAGAGGCAAAGAGACCGGGGCGAUGGGAGGAAGUGGACCACAAAGUGACAUGCAGUUAAAAGAAGGAACAGUGUGCUCAGAUUUAAGCACAUCGUCGCAGCAACAGGAAAAUGGCCCCGGGAGUUGCCUGGUGCACACCCCCUCCUCCCAGCUCACAUCCAUUGACUCCUCUUCAAGCCGGUCACCUCAGCCGUCCCAGCACAUCCCUCAGCUUUGCUAUUCAACAUUGGAGGGCCCACAUAUGGAUGACUGCACCCCACUACGACCCACUUCAAGAGCACAGUGUGAUCCUCAGGAGCCCCCUGCAGGAGGUGAAGAAGAAUUGGCCAAGGUGUAUGCUGAAGACGACAAAAAUGACAAGAAACAUCUCCACUGUCCUACAUGUAAAGUGACAGUUAAUUCUAGUUCCCAAUUAGAAGCACACUGCAGUGGCUCUAAACACAAACAGAUGAUAGACAUCCCGAGCAGCAGCCAGUCGCACCGCAGGGCCAAAAGGACGUCAUCGCCCAGGCACACUUGCCAGAUAAUAAAGCAGAGAACAGGCAGCAAGACCAAAGCGCUUGUGGGCAUCGCCAGCAAGCGCUUUCACUGUGAACUGUGCCAGGUGGCCGUCAACUCAGAGACGCAGCUCAAACAGCACAUGAACAGCAGGAGACACAAAGAGCGUUUAGCCGGGAAGCCUGUGAGGGUGAGGGUGAAGGUCAAGGCUAAAUUCACCCCUUUUAAUAAACUGCAGCCCACCACUGCAUUAGCGACUAAACUUGCCUUGCAGAAGCAGCUGUCCAAGGCCCUGCCGGCAGGGUUCCUGACCAGCCCCCUCAAUCCAGCUGCUUUAUGCGCCAUGGCAUCUGCACCACUGGCGCUACGACUACCACAGGGUCCUGCAGCCAUCGUCCACGGUCCCCUGAUAAGCCCCACCCUCUUCAGGCCUGCUCCGGGACCUCUGAGGCCCACUCAUGCACCCAUUAUCUUCUCUCCUUACUGACAGCGAGGUCCUGAGUCAAUGUCACAUUUGACACAUCAUAGCACAGAAUGCACACUGAAAGCCAUAAUACUGUAGUUAAUAUUUUUUGUAGUUAAUUUUUUUUUGUUUUAUUUAUAAAGAACAAUCUACCAUGACAAAGGAGUGUGUAAAUGUGAAGCUUUUAUUGCCAAAAUUAUUUUUAAUUUAAGCUUUCUGGUUGUACUUUGGGGGGAAAAAACUAUCAUUCCUAUUCUCUCCACAAAUGACUUGUCUUGUUAAGCACAAAGGAAAUGAUAGUGGAGUAACUUUGAAUUGUUGGAACUUGGUCAUAGUCAUUAAUGAACGUUCCAUCCGUCUGUGUUAAUGUCAUGUGCUAUAAUACAAAACCAAGAACAGAUUAUUUUAAAUGAAGUGGAAACUGUUUUACUUAAGCCAUUAAAGCAAAUUCUUCAGAUACUCCUGUACCUUUUCUGCAAUACGAAGAAGAAUGCUGGUCUUUGAUAAUAGCUCUCUUAAAAUUGUUCUUAGAGAUUUUGUUUUAUAGAUGUUGCCUCAUUACCAUCCUAUGCAAUAUGUUUUCACCUCAACUUAAGGCUAGUGUAAAUGUGCAAUCAAUAGCAAUAAUAUAGAAUACAAUGUGACAAUAUGUGUUAAUAAUGUAUUCUGCGUUAACUUACUACAGACUAGUGCUUGUGUUUUUUUUUUUGCACACAUUCAGUUUAAUGCAAAUAUAACGCUUAGUUUGUGUACUACUGUAUAUGAAUACACUGGUGUACAAAUACAGUGGUGGGUAAGAAAUGCUAAGACAAAAACGUGUUUCAUGUGUAUAAUUUAACAUUUUGUGAAAUAUUUUGGAGAAUGUGGCUAAAUACUAUAAAAUGUAAAAAUAAAACCAAGCACAUGACAUUUAUUACAAUAGUGCACACUUGCUACUUUAACAUACACUAGUGCCCUCUAUCGGUAAGCCUAUCAAUUCCAUGGUAAAAUUACAGAUAAUGUAUUAUAUGUACAUAUCAAAUUUACACUCUCACGACUGUUUAAUGCAAUUAAAGAAAUGUUUUUAUGAUUUUUAUUUCAUUAUACAAACGAGGAAGUUAGCUAUUAACCUACCCCCAAAAAAAUCGUCACACGCAAGUGACAUCACGUUGUGCAGUGAUGAAAAGUUCGGCUCUUUUUAGACAAACGACCCUUUUGCAUCGAUUCAGUAAAAUGUGGCUGAUCUUUCUGCUC